UACGGUGGCCGGGCGGGACCGGGAUUGGGACUGGGAGCGGAGCCGGGCGGAGCCAUGGAGGUCCAGUCCUACUACACCAAGCUGCUGGGGGAGCUGAACGAGCAGCGCAAGCGCGACUUCUUCUGCGACUGCAGCAUCAUCGUGGAGGGCAGGAUCUUCAAAGCCCACAAGAACAUCCUGUUCGCCAACAGCGGCUACUUCCGAGCGCUGCUCAUCCACUACAUCCAGGACAGCGGGCGCCACAGCACGGCCUCGCUGGACAUCGUCACCUCCGAGGCUUUCUCCGUCAUCCUGGACUUCCUCUACUCGGGCAAGCUGGAUCUGUGCGGCGACAACGUCAUCGAGGUGAUGUCGGCGGCCAGCUACCUGCAGAUGACCGACGUGGUCAACUUCUGCAAGAGCUACAUCAGGUCCUCGCUGGACAUCUGCAGGAAGAUGGAGAGGGAGGCCGUGGUGUUCUACCAGGCUGACAGCGGCAGCUCGGCCAGGGAGGGCCCCUCUGCUGGCUCCAAGGGUGCUGUCCCCGUGUCCUCCGUGCAGGAGAAGGUUCUGGAAUGCCAGAGGGACCCUCCCUGCGGGGAGUGCAGUGGCUGUCACCCCUUGGAGGUGGUGGCCAGGGACCCUCAGAGCAGCGUUUCCCCCGAUGGCUGCAGGAGGGUGGAGCCCAAGGUGGAGUUUGAGGCCGAGCCGGCGGCGGCGGCGGCGCUGGAGCCCAUGGAAGAGGGGCAGCCCCUGGAGCUGGCCUGCAAUAACCUGCACAUGAAGCAGUUCCUGGAGGCUCUGCUGCGCAACAGCUCGGCCCCGAGGAAGGAGGACGUGGUGCAUCACUUGGUGCGGGGAUUUGAGGCUAGGGCUGAGGAGGCUGGAGUGCCCGUGAGCUCCAUGGUGGACAUUCACAGCGACUGGUAUGGUGAGGACACAGGUGACGUGCUGGUGGUGCCCAUCAAGCUGCACAAGUGCCCGUUCUGCCCCUACACGGCCAAGCAGAAGGGGAUCCUGAAGCGGCACAUCCGCUCGCACACCGGGGAGCGGCCGUACCCCUGCGAGACCUGCGGCAAGCGCUUCACCCGCCAGGAGCACCUGCGCAGCCACGCGCUCAGCGUCCAUCGCUCCAACAAGCCCAUCAUCUGCAAGGGCUGCAGGAGGACCUUCACCAACAGCCUGUCGCAGGGGCUGCGGCGCUUCGGGCUCUGUGACAGCUGCACCUGUGUCACCACCACCCACGAGGACUCCCUGCCCAUCAACCUCAGCCUGGUGGAAACGGCCUCAGAAGGGCAGGAGAAAGGAGAUGCUGACAAUGAUUGGCCCAUCUACGUGGAGUCUGGGGAGGAAAAUGACCCAGCUGAGGAUGAUGAUGGCGAUGACAAGCAGGAAAUCCACAGGACUUUGUCAGACAGAGAGACUUUGAUGUAGCAGUGAGAGGAGAGGGGGAGCACUGAGAGGUUCCCUGGCAGUGUCUGUGACAGAAAACUGCACGUUUGCUCAAUCAGUGACACUGUGCUGGUUUUUAUUAUUCUGGGGUUUAAUUCAAUUGUGAGGAGAAUUGGAUUUUUUUGAUACUUUUAAAGUUUUCAGUGCUGUGCACCAGAAAUCUGUGAAGAAUCUUCAGUCUGGGGCUCACAGAGGUUGGACUCGAGCAGUUUCUCUGCCUGCUGGUUUUGGGUUUGCAGGUGGAACACCUCUGGGUUGUUUUGGGGACAGGUUCUUUCAAAUAAUGAGUCCUGGUCCUUAAUCCCUGAUCUGAAAGGGACGCCACCUUUCCUCUGAAGAUGACAUAAAAUGUGGUUUCCAUCUCUUACCUUGGGACUUUUCCAAGCUAAUCUGUGAUCCUUCUGUCUUAGGACAGUGUUAUCUAAAUGAUGAACCAUAAAUAUUUGCUGAGACUGGGUUUGACCUGGAAACCAGGGCAGAAAAACCAGGAUAACAACAAAAAACCCCACAAAAAUAUGCUGCUGCUGAAAGGAUAGACAGGAAGAAUCCAUCUCUUUCACAUAAUUAAUUGCAAUAAUUUAUAGAUCAAGCUUUUCUUUCUGAAUUUUUACUGCAUCUUCCUCUCCUGAGAGCUCAGGCUGUGGAUCUUCAGCUGUGUCUUUAACGUCACUCAGAAUUCAGUAGUCUUGGCUUCAAUAUUAAACACAAAAAUGGUGUUUUAGUGGCCAGGACCAAGAGAAAAGCCCAAAUUCUUUUCAGCUUUUUACAAUAGGAGUCAAAAGCUGUCAGGCAGGUUCCCUGGGAAUUCUGACUGUGGCACUUUGAAUAACCAGACCCACACCUGGUGCAGCUGAGGAGCAGUGAAAUAUCUGAGCUAUGCUAUAAAAGAGCUCUGGGUGCCCUUUUGGAGUAAUUUUCUUCAUUUUUCCUGUAAUUUCUUUUCAAAUUCGGGGAUCCUCUCAUGAUUUAUGUUUGGUGAUUUAAUCCAAUAUUUAUUUUCUUAAAAAACCUCCACUGUGGACCUCCUGAUUCUUUGCUGGGGCAGCUAAAACUUUACAAAGGAGGUGAGAUUUUGUCACCUUUCCAGCAGCAAGUUUUUUAGAGCUAUCAAAACUCAGGCUGGGCAGCUUUAGAAGAAAACCCAGCACCACCAGAAAGCCUGUUUGCUUUGGGGUGACCUCCUGUUCCCUGACAAGGGGACAAAACUGAAAUAUACUGUGAAAUAAGACUGUUAAUGCUUCUUCACUCUGCUGUUCCCAAGUGUUUCACAAAAAGGCAAAUUUGAUGAGUCUUUUUGGCUGGAGCAGAAUUUUUUUAGACAGAUUUGGCUGACAAAGAGUGAGCAGUUCCUCCCACUUGGUGCUGUUUCCUGAGGGGUUUUUGGUGUGAAGAUUUUCCCACUUGGCAAACCUAAAAAACCCCAGAGCCUUCUGAUUUAACCAGGGUUUGUUCCGCAUACCUCGUGCUUUUCUUGUGCACGUUGAAAAAGAACAAUUCAGCUUCUCCCUCUGCUUCACCUAGCAGUGAAACUGCCCCAUUAUCAUGUCAGAUUUAUUUGUGAGAGGUGAUUCUGCUCUCACAAGUGCACCUAAGGGUUCCUUGCCACACCAGGUCGGAUGAGGAAAGAAGAAAUAAAGUUGUUUUUAAAGAAUUCACUUUAUUGGUGGCUGCUGCAGAGAGCAGAAGGUGAAGAGACUUUUUCUGGAGUGGUCUGCUCCAAGUUCUUGAUGAUGUGCUGGGUUUAUUUUCUGUCCCUUAAUUUGGGUGAGUUUCAGUCAUCCCUGUUCCAGGUCAGCUGGAAAUUGGAGUUUGUAUGAGCUGGAGCACAGGACAAGACCUUUACAGAAUUCCCUGCUCCAGAGCCCCUGGUUUAAUCACUCUGAAUUAA